AUGGCCGACGAGGACGUUGCUGACGAGCCCGACGCCCUCACGACGCUGGCCAGGGUGGUUGAGUCACAGCAACGUCAAAUUGAAAUCUUGACCAAAAGCCUGUUGGAACAGUCCACGGCGAAAUUCAGGCGCAAUCCAAUCGAGAACGCCAAGGAGGACGAGUUUCGCGCCGUGAUCACCCAUGUUCAAGACCAGGUCGACCAAGCCUUAGCUCUCGCAAUGAAGGCCAAUGAGGAGAGCAUGGGAACACAGAGUGUCCAGGCAAAACUGGCGUUGGUCAAGAAGGAACUUAAGACACUCGGCAACAAAUAUACGGAGCUUGAGAAGAGCGUCAACGCCGCAAAGUCUAUCGCGGAAACGUAG